UGAAAACUAUAAAAAAUGAAUAAGCAAUGUGCUCCAUCCCAAUACAGUUCUGAAAAUGAAUUUGUCAAUUCUAAAAAAAGACAUCUACAAGAACAGCCUGACGAAUGUUACAAUCCAAAAAAAUUUAAAUCAAAAGAAAUUAAUUAUAAGCCAGAUGUUGAUAUUGUUACAUUCUUCAAAUUUGAGUUACAACGAAUUUUAAUUAGUUCUAAUGACUUAAAUACAACUAUAACGGAUAUCCUACCUUAUGGAUCAAGAAUUUCAGGUCUUAACAUUUCUAAUAGCGAUGUUGACUUUAAUAUAAACUAUGGUCAGUAUUAUAAUUUGUUAUAAAUUUAAUAUUACAAU